UAGUGUGUGUGCACGCAGUUACUGGGAGGUGGAGUGGAGCCGUGCUGGAAUUGUGUACAUAUCAAUCUCAUAUAUAAAGACAUCAGCAGGAAACGACAGGCUGAUGAGUGCGAGUUUGGAUUCAACAAUCAGUCCUGGAGUCUGUGGUCGUCUUCUUCUUCUUCUCUCUUUCACAACAAGAUCGAGACUGAUCUCAUUGUUCCAUCACCCUCCAGAAUAGGAGUGUAUGUGGAUCACAGUGCAGGAACUCUGUCCUUCUACAUCGUCUCUGACACAAUGAAGCUCCUCCAGAGUCCACUGUUCUGGUGGAGCACAGAGGACGACAGGACAGAGAUCAGGAAAAUGGCCGAGGCCAGUAUUUCAGUAGCUCAGGACCAGUUCAUGUGUCCAGUGUGUCUGGAUCUCCUGAAGGAUCCGGUGGCUAUCCCCUGUGGUCACAGUUUCUGUAAGGUGUGUAUUAAUGGCUGCUGGGAUCAGGAGGAUCAGAAGGGCGUCUACAGCUGUCCUCAGUGCAGAGACACUUUCACGACAAGGCCUGUUCUACGCAGAAACAACAUGCUGGAUGAAGUGUUGGAGAAACUGAAGAAGACUGAAGUCCAAGCUGCUUCUCCUGCUCACUGUUACGCUGGACCUGGAGAUGUGGAGUGUGAUUUCUGCACCGGGAGAAAACACAAAGCCGUCAAGUCCUGUCUGAUUUGUUUGACUUCAUUUUGUGAAAUUCAUCUGAAACCUCAUCUUGAAGUUCCUGCUUUGAAAAAACACACAUUAAUUGAAGCCUCAGCAAAACUCCAAGAGAAGAUCUGCUCUGAACAUGGUGAAGUGCUGAAGAUCUACUGUCGUACUGAUCAAACCUGCAUCUGUUAUUUGUGCAUGUUGGAGAAACAUAAAGACCAUGACGCUGUUUCAGUUGCAACAGAAAGAGCUGAAAAACAGAGUGAGUUAAAGGAGGAGCAGAUGAAAUCCCAGCAGAGAAUCCAGGAGAAGCAGAAGAAGGUGCAGGAGCUGAAACAGGCUGUGAACACUAUAAAGCUCAGUGCACAGACAGCAGUGGAGGACAAUGAGAGGAUCUUUACUGAGCUGAUCAGCUCCAUGGAGAAAAAGCGCUGGGAGGUGACGGAGCUGAUCAGAGAUCAGGAGAAGGCUGAACUGAGUCGAGCUGAACGACUCCUGGAGCAACUGGAGCAGGAGAUUGCUGAUCUUCAGAGGAGAGUCACUGAGCUGGAGCAGCUUUCACACACACACGAUCACAUCCAUUUCUUUCACUGCAACCGAACUGCUGUUUUCGUGACCACGCCCCCAGCGCGGAUAUUCAUGUUCACAUUGUUCAGUUUGUUUUUCUCUUUUAUUUUAGAUUUCUGUUAUCUGACUCUGGAUCCCAACACGGCACAUCGUCGCCUCAUUCUGUCUGAGAAGAACAGAGCAGUGAGAGUCAGUGAGAGAGCGCAGCGUUACUCUGAUCAUCCAGAGAGAUUUGAUUCCUGGGAUCAGGUGUUGUGUAAGGAAAGUGUGUGUGGACGCUGUUACUGGGAGGUGGAGUGGAGCGGUGCUGCUGGUGUGUUCAUAUCAGGCUCAUAUAAAGACAUCAGCAGGAAAGGACUGGGUAAUGAGUGUGGGUUUGGUUUCAACAAUCAGUCCUGGAGUCUGUGGUGUUGUUCUUCUUCUUCUCUCUCUUUCUAUCACAACAGCAUUGUGACUGAUCUCAGAGUUCCAUCCCCCUCCAGAAUAGGAGUGUAUGUGGAUCACAGUGCAGGAACUCUGUCCUUCUACAGCGUCUCUGACACGAUGAAGCUCCUCCACAGAGUCCACACCACAUUCACUCAGCCUCUAUACGCUGGGUUUGGGGUUUCUGGUUCUACAGUGAGAUUGUGUGAUCCAGAAUAAGUGUGUAGUGUUUUCUGUAAAAUUCCUGCACGUUGCCACGUUGUUGCUCAGUCGUCUGUUUCACUAGAACACAAUCCAGCUGCACAAAAACACUCAUUUUAAUAUUUAGAUUAUAAAAUAUGCCGAUGUCGUGUUCAUCCCAUAUUCAGCCUGGAUGAUGAUUGGCCCGCAGAUAGAACCUUAUAAAUCCAGGUUUAUCUGUGAGUUUGGGAUUUUUAUUCAAAUAUUACAAUCAAAGCUUUGCAGAAUAAAAGAUAAGAGCACAGGAGAAUAAAGUUUCCCCCAGUGAUGGAGUUUCUGUGCUGAACUCAUUUUCAGACAGAAGCUUUUAAUACUGAGGUCAGGAUGUCAGCAAGCCGCUGGAUUGAUGCGCAACGGGGGUUUUCUCCACUUUGGAUGGAUAUUUUUAGAUUAUUUAAUCUGUGGGAAAUAACUACAGUGUCUUAAAUAUGUGUUUGUGAAAAUCACUGUAAACCUACAACUGACUUUUUCCUCCAAAAAACAUCUUUUAAUGUUGUCAUAUAUAUUGUGUGUGUGAGUAAUGAUGAUAAAUCUGUCUCUGUGAACUGGAUCUGUCUGUGCUCUGACUCCUGAUUUAGAUUCUCAACAUGAUUGUUGGAAAAACAUUUUUUAAAAAUCCUUUUAAUUUUCAAUCAAAUAAAACAAAAAAAAAUUAUGUUCCAGUUGACUAUUCUGAUUGGUCAGAAGGUGUUGAUUAAUUUUCUAUAACAGCAGCUCUGACAGUAGUGCAGGUUUAUAUUAAUGGACUUGCACUAAUACGUCCUUGUUUCUAUAGUAACAGCUCAUUGAAGU